UUUUCCUUUUCUUCUUCUACUCAUAAAACGGAUUUAUACUUCUACAAGAUAUAUUUGUCUCAAAAAAAAAAGAUAUUUUUGUCUCUGUAUACUCUAAGCCCAGCAUUAUAACAGUGUAUAAUCUCGUUUAGGGCCCAUAUACAAGGAAUACACACAAGUUUUCUUUCUCCUCCAUCAAAGCCAUCCUCUUAUUUGAGCAAUAGUAGCUACUUUAGAGCAUGGCCAAUGGGGAGUUAGUUUCUAAAUUUUACAGGAAAUCCAAACCAAAAUAUCUAGGCUUUUCAGAACUCCAACGAAAAAAAUCCUCCAUUGGACAUACUCUUAUAUAUUUCUUUUAAAAUUGACAUUCUCUGUUCCAGUUUACUAUAUUAAUAUUUUAGAUGAUUCUCUUCUUGUUAACGGAAAAAAAAGAUGAUUCUCUUCUUACAAAUGAAAAUUUCAUAAAAAAACAGGUACAACACACAAUUAUUUGAAAGCCAGAAAAGCUUUUUUUUAUAAUAAUAAUAAAGCAUCAAGAAAUGCAAGAUUCUUUAUGCAUGCACGUAUAUAUAAUUGUGUGAGGAAUAUGCGUGCGCACCAUACACCCCACGUUACCCGCUUUUUCAUCAAAUCAUUGUUCAUCAAUGCACAUAUACAUUUACAUUACAUCUUUCACUGAGUUAAAAAUAGAAUACAAGUCAACGGUCAACCACCUAAAAACAAGGCUCCCCUACUUCUUCGAUUCAGCCAUUGUGUUUUGCGACCAUCUCCAUUACCACACAAAUCCUAAAGUCUAAACGAAAACACACAAACACAUGAAUCUCUCUGUUCUCACCAUAACAUUUUUAAGCUUUACGUAAAUAUUAAUACUAAUCGAUGGAGAAGAACGACAAGGAGCCUGAUGAUCAUCAUGAUCAUGAUCUUAAAGACAAAUCCAGUGGAGAAGAGAAAUGCGACGUCGUUUCAGAUGCUCAGCCACCAGAUGAUGCCCAUCAUGAGGAUGGUAUCAAUAAAGACAAUGUCGAUGAGACAGAUCAUGACCAAGGAGACAAGGUUGACUCACCAUUAGUACAAGAAGUACCAGAGAUUACUCAAACCCUCGAGUCCUUGUCAGAAGAACUCGACCAGCUUCUCUCAACUCUCUCCCUUCAUCAAGAGCAACACAAAGACAGCGCCAAGGAGAAAGAAGAAGAUGAUGAUGAUUACUUUCAGAUCCCGCAGUUCGUUGGCAAGUUCUUGGAUCUCUUUGAAGACAAACUCUCCAAACACGACUCUGGCGAGCCUAAAACAACAUGGUACCAAGAUCCAGAGGAAGUAUCUUCACUUCUUGACGCAGUGGAUCGCGUCUCAAACCUUAUGAGGCUAUUACACAACACCAAAUCUUGUCUUGACCAUCACGAGCCCUUGAUCAACCACGCUGGAUCGAUCCAGCAGCGUGCAAUGGCCUUCUUGGAAGACGAGUUUCGUAUCCUUCUAGAAGAAUCCGUGAUCAAAGAGGCUGCUGUUGUCACUGACGACAACAGCAGCCAAAGGAAGAGUUCAGCAGAUCAACAAGACCACCACAACGACGCGGUGGUCUCACAAGAUCAAGACCAGAUGGUUGUUCCGGAGCACGGUGAUCAGGAGAUAGAAUACCCCGGUUACUCAGAGGAGAUGGUUAUGUUACUUAAGAACAUAGCAGAGAAGAUGAAAGCAGGAGGGUACGCGUGCGAGUGCAGAGAGGUUUAUUUAGUAUCAAGAAGGAAUAUCUUGAUGAGUACGUUGAAACAAGACUGCGAGUUCGAGAAAGUAAGCAUCGACGAGGUGCUGAAAAUGAGCUGGGACGCGCUCGAGAGAGAGAUCCCUAUAUGGAACAAGACUUUCAAGAACUGCUCUUCCCUCUUCUUCCCCGGGGAGUUCAAACUCACCGAGAAGAUCUUCCCGGGGGAUGAAGGGAGCUUGUUCUGCAUUGUCACCCACAGCCUCGCAAUCCAGUUCUUGGGAUUUUACGAGGCUGUGGCAAUGACCAAGCGCUCCACCGAAAAGCUCUUCAAGGUCCUCGAUAUCUAUGAGACGCUCCGGGACAGCUUCCCAGCGAUGGAGAAGCUGUUCCCAGAGGAGCUAUGCAGCGAGCUGAGGAACGAGGUGAACAGUGCUCGUUCCCAGCUAGGAGAGACAGCUAUUAACAUAUUCUUGGAUCUUGAGAACUCUAUUAAAUCGGAUUCUAGCAAGACCCCUGUGCCGGGAGGCGCGGUGCAUCCCUUAACGAGGUACACUAUGAACUACCUUAAGUACUCGUGCGAGUAUAAAGACACGUUGGAGCAAGUGUUCAAGUCUCAUUCAACGAUGGAGCGAGAGGAUGAGGAGGAGGAGAAGAAGAAAGAGGAGAACUCUCCCUUCGCCAGCCAGCUGAUGAGGAUAAUGGACUUUCUCGAUGGAAACAUGGAGGCGAAGUCGAAGCUCUACAAAGACAUACCACUAAGCUGCAUCUUCAUGAUGAACAACGGGAGAUACAUAGUGCAAAAGAUCAAAGGAUCGGCAGAGAUACACGAGGUGAUGGGUGACACAUGGUGCAGGAGGAGGUCGUCUGAGCUGAGAAACUAUCACAAAAACUACCAGAGAGAGACGUGGGGGAAGCUGCUUGGGUUCUUAGGGCAUGAGGGGCUAAUGCAUAACGGGAAGAUAGUUAAGCCUAAUCUUAAGGAGAGGUUUAAGAGCUUUAAUGCGACGUUUGAUGAGAUACACAAGACGCAGACCACGUGGGUGGUUAAUGACGAGCAGCUUCAGAGUGAGCUGAGGGUUUCUAUAACUGCGGUUAUGAUACCUGCCUACAGGGCUUUCAUGGCUAGGUUUGGACAGUACUUGGAUCCUGGUCGGCAGACGGAGAAGUAUGUUAAGUACCAGCCUGAGGACAUUGAGGAUCUCAUUGAUGAGCUUUUUGAAGGAAACACUUCCUCCUCUUCAACCGCCACGGCCAAGAGAAGAACAUAGAUUCUUUUUCCUGUUGCAGCAACACUUUUUGUUCUUAGUUUUCUCAAACCUUUAUGUCUUCUGCUACUGUGUUUUUGUCUGAAUGCCACAACUUGGAUGUGUAAAUGUAGUUAUUAAUCAGUUCCAUCAUUUUUGAAUAAAAAGACAUUUUUAUAUUUGUUGAUAGCAUAAUGGUAAAGUUAUGUGAACUCAUUGCUAGUACUUAAUUCACCUUUUAUUAAGUCAGGACUUUUGUGUUAAUUCCUCAAUCAGAUGUUCUUAAUUCAUUGCUGUAAAUUUCAAUACUUUGUUUACACUUAAAAGUCACACAUGGUUUUUCUCUAUGGACUUCUCAGAAUGGCUGUGCUGAUCAGAGGAGAAAGCGGAUAAGCAGUGCUAAUGUGAUUCUGUUCCUCCUCCUAAACGGAGUCUCUUGGCACAAGUACUCACCGUCCCUCAUGAAACUUUCCAGCUUGAGAAUCUGUCUGAGGUGCUUUCUAGUGAGGUAGUAGUAACACAGUAUAGCUUCUAGCUUUACACCUUUUGAGAUGUUUAAGUUUUUCUCUCACCAGGUUUGGCGGGAUUGCCUAUCCGUUGGCGAAAGAAGUUAUCUGCAGCAGUUCCUCCCUCAGGGAGUUGAUGUGGAGCUAGUUGUACAACAGUUGCUUGGUGGAGAGAAUUUUCAUUUCGGAAGUCCUUUUCUUGAUUGGUUAGUGACAGUAUGCAAUAGUGAUAGGACUCAGAGAAGGUGCUGAGCAUACUUUUUCACAUGUAUAUGCAAAUUACCUGUUAAUAUUCUUUCCUUAUUUCAAACUGCUAAAGUUUCUAGUCCAUUUUAGGCCUAAGAGCUGUGCAGUAGAGA